UAUUAGCUGCUAUGUGGACACUGGAUCCCCCUCUCUCUUUUCUUUCUUCUUCCCUCUCCCCCCUCCUCCAAUUGCAUUCCCUCCUGGCGGUAUGAUUCUCCCUUCCCCGCGGGAGGAGGAUGCAGGAUCUCUGUGUAUGGGCGGGAGAACCUCGUCAGGGCUGAUGUUGGUGCCUAUAAAAUCCUGCCCAUCUCCCCUCCAUGUCAGAUCAGAUGCUCCGGCUGCUUGUGAAUGUUGAGAAUUGGAAGCACCCAAGGAGUCCCAACUCAAAUAAGUGACAGAUGGCUUGCUAGACUGCCAUAGCCAAACUGCGGCACCAGAUGCAGCCCAAAUUGCCAAGUUGAGGGAGUGCCUGUACAUACUGUAUGUAUGCAUACACACACAUAUAUAUACAAACACAUUUCUGAAAACCCACAGACUGGAAGUUGCAUACUUUGGAGAGUUUUUGCCAUGGAUGAAAAUUAAUUCAAGCACCAGAUGGAGCGACCUGACAGCACAAAGACCAAAAUCCCAUGGAAUGCCAUCUGCUACUAGUGGUCAGUUUGCCAUACGGUCUGUGGCAAGUGGGGAAAAAACCCUUCCAAGAAGCAGCAUAAGAAAAACACCCUCUGCACAGAGCAAAUUACACAAAUACCUCUAUGAAAUAAAUAAAACAGUCUGAGCGGAGGGGAGAUUAUAUUGGCAUCCCUGAAAGCGGAAUAAUGCGCAAAUCUCUGGUGCUUUUCUGCACUGGACUUUGAUCGAUGCAGUGGGGUUUUCAUAUGUCCGCCUGUUAAGUUGUGACAAGUAAUCGUGUGCUGAUGACUGGAAGCAGGCAAGUUUAGGAGCAGUGGGACAGAUCUAGGGAUUGAGCUUCCCAGACUUUAUCAUCCUGUAUUGAGUUUUGCAGCUCGGUUUGCUGCUUUUUCUUCUCCUGAUUACUGUUAAUGCAGUUCUUAUUUGGGUUCCUUGUAUCAUGCUACAAAUAUUUGAUAAUAAAUAUUACUCAAAGCAUUUGGAACACUUUUUAAACGCAUUCUACAGCUGCAAACGUGUUAAAAUUAUGAAUCUGCACUCUGGAGAAAUAUCAAUAAGGAAGGAACCUAUUGGAUGCGCAGAGGAGGCAUGAUGGGAAACCGUAGAAGGAAAGGGAAGUUGGAUUUUCUGUGCGGCUCCCCAGACUAUUUCUAAUUGGCCUUCUUGAAUCCAUCAGGAUCUGCAAAUAAUCGCUUACUUGAUGUGCUUUCAGCUCUGGCACUUCUUUUAACAAGAGGAUGAAAAGCGAGUCCUACAAUUCUCUCCUAGUGGAAAAAAGGGAAAAGACAAAGGCAUAAAAUAAAAUAAAAACAGCCCAAACUAUUGGAGUUUACAUGAGGUGAAUGUCUUUGUUUGAGAAGCUUAAAAGGUUCAGAGCAUUUAAGGAACAACAAGAACACAACGACAGCUAAGUGCAAAGGGGCUUUUCUUUUCAUGCCUGCAUGUGGCUGUGAGUUGUGAGGAAGCAGGCAAGGCAGUGUGAUAGACAGGGACUGCAUUGGAGGUGGUGGGGAAGCCGCCAGCUGCAAAGGAAAUGGGGCAGCCUUUGGAUUGCAGAGACUGCUGGGUUGAACAGUGAGCAGUUGAGUUCAGAAAGGGCUUUCCCACCUGGUUUGGCACAUUGGUAACUGCCCAGAACUCUGGUCUUCGGUCUCGCGCGGUCUGUGUGCCUUUCCCCCCACCCCUUUAUGCAAUCUAUUUCAACUUUAGCAGCGGAAAUUUCAUCUGACGGGGAAGAUCUGCCAGAGGGUGGCUUUGAGGAAAGAUGAAUGUCCGAGAUUUAUGAACGUGUGAAAAUCCAACUGAAGGAAAUAUUUUUAAAGCCUUAAGUUACUUGAAACCCACACAUCUGCAAACCUUUGUCUCUGGAAUCGCAUCAUGCUAUACUGGAAAUCUCAGGCUGUACGAUGAUUAUAUCCAUUUGAGCAAAAAGACGGCUUGCCGUUUCCUUGAACGCCUCUUCUGCAGUAGCUGUUUCUCCAAAGGAUAAGUGUACCCUCACUCCAAUGACUCCAAAUCAAAAUGAACCUGGUUUUGUUUUGGUUUUUUUAAGCAUUACGUUUUCUUAGCCGACUGUCGUCAUCUUUUAUAGAGAAAUUUUUCACUAUGCAUUUGGUGGAUAUUUAUAAAAACUGACCUUCUCUCUCCUCCCCACUUCGUAUUCUGAUCUGUCGAAACUCUUGAGGUUAUCAAUAAAACAGAAGCGUCAGAUUUACAUUUUCUGCACUAGACAUAGUACUUUCUUAUGCCAAAAGGGAAAUAUAUAGCAAAGCAUGUAUGCCGCAGUGGAACAUGGGCCUGUUCUCUGUAGUGAUUCCAACAUCCUCUGCCUUUCUUGGAAAGGCAGGGUUCCUAAAAGUGAGAAGGAGAAGCCUGUAUGCCGCAGGCGAUAUUAUGAGGAAGGCUGGCUGGCGACGGGCAAUGGCAGAGGAGUUGUGGGUGUUACGUUCACCUCCAGCCAUUGUAGAAGAGACCGGAACACUCCGCAACGCAUCAACUUCAAUUUAAGGGGCCACAACAGUGAGGUGGUACUGGUAAGAUGGAACGAACCAUUCCAGAAGCUUGCAACUUGUGAUGCAGACGGUGGAAUAUUUGUUUGGAUUCAGUAUGAAGGCAGAUGGUCUGUGGAACUUGUGAAUGACCGUGGGGCACAGGUGAGUGACUUUACGUGGAGCCAUGAUGGAACACAAGCACUGAUCUCCUAUAGAGAUGGGUUUGUGCUAGUUGGAUCAGUCAGUGGACAGAGACAUUGGUCUUCAGAGAUUAACCUGGAGAGUCAGAUCACCUGUGGCAUAUGGACUCCUGAUGAUCUACAGGUCCUCUUUGGCACUGCUGAUGGUCAGGUUAUUGUCAUGGAUUGCCAUGGCCGAAUGCUGGCACAUGUUCUCCUUCAUGAAUCUGAUGGCAUCCUGAGCAUGUCCUGGAAUUACCCGAGCUUUUUGGUGGAAGAUAGUAGUGAGAGUGACACUGAUUCAGAUGACUACUCCCCACCUCAAGAUGGUCCAGCUGCAUAUCCAGUUCUGGUGCAGAACACCAAACCGCUGCUCACUGUCAGCUUCACAUCAGGAGACAUUAGCUUAAUGAACAACUAUGACGACUUGUCUCCUACCAUCAUCCGCUCAGGGUUGAAAGAUGUAGUGGCUCAGUGGUGCACGCAGGGAGACUUGCUGGCUGUUGCAGGCAUGGAAAAGCUAAGCCAGCUGGCUGAACUCAGCGGUGCUUCCUUUCUGAAAAGUGCACUGGUCAAGUUCUACAAUGUUCACGGAGAACAUAUCUAUACCCUGGAGACUCCUGUGCAGCGUCCCAUAAUCUCAAUCUGCUGGGGUCACAGGGACUCCCGCCUGCUCAUGGCUUCUGGUCCUGCCCUCUACGUUGUCCGAGUGGAGCACAGAGUGUCCAGCUUACAGCUUCUGUGCCAGCAAACCAUCGCUAGCUCCUUGCGGGAUGACAAAGAUAUCAGUAAAUUGACUCUGCCUCCCAGGCUCUGCUCAUACCUCACCACUGCCUUUACACCAACGAUCAAGCCUCCUAUCCCAGACCCCAACAACAUGAGAGAUUUUGUUAGCUACCCAACAUCUGGCAACGAAAGGCUUCACUGCACAAUGAAGAGGACAGAAGACGACCCGGAGGUUGGAGGGCCUUGCUAUACACUGUAUUUGGAAUACUUAGGGGGUCUGGUGCCUAUCUUGAAAGGGCGCCGAAUUAGCAAACUGCGGCCUGAGUUUGUCAUCAUGGAUCCAAAGACUGACGGAAAAGCAGAUGAAAUCUAUGGAAACAGUUUGAUUUCCACCGUGAUUGACAGCUGCAACUGCUCUGAUUCCAGCGAUAUUGAACUGAGCGAUGACUGGGCUGCAAAAAAGUCUCCCAAAAUCACUCGAGCUAGCAAAUCACCCAAACUUCCCAGAAUUAAUAUAGAAGCUCGCAAAUCUCCAAAGUUGUCACGAGCUGCUCAGGAGAUAUCAAGAUCUCCCAGGCUACCGAUAAGGAAGCCUUCCAUAGGUUCACCAAGCCUAACUCGUAGAGAGUUUCCUUUGGAUGAUAUCACUCAGCACAACUACCUUGCUCAGGUCACGUCAAAUAUCUGGGGAACCAAAUUCAAAAUUGUGGGUUUGGCUGCUUUCCUACCAACCAAUCUUGGUGCAGUUAUCUAUAAAACCAGCUUGCUACAUCUCCAGCCUAGGCAAAUGACAAUAUACCUUCCAGAAGUGCGGAAGAUUUCCAUGGACUAUAUAAACCUGCCUGUCUUCAACCCCAAUGUUUUUAGUGAAGAUGAAGAUGAUUUGCCAGUGACUGGAACAUCUGGAGUUCCCGAGAACAACCCACCUUGCACCGUAAACAUCCCGAUUGCUCCUAUUCACAGCUCAGCACAAGCAAUGUCACCAACACAGAGCAUAGGGCUGGUUCAGUCUUUGCUGGCCAAUCAGAAUGUGCAGCUGGACGUCCUCGCCAAUCAGACGACAGCUGUGGCAGCGGCGGACCACGUGACUGACAACACAGUCCACUACCCAAUCCCAAGCAGGUAUUCCAACCCAGGCCAAGUGAUCUUUGGAGGAGUUGAAAUGGGGCGCAUCAUCCAGGCACCCCCUCAGCUCCCUCUGCCGCCCCAGGGUGCAAUCCAGAUGGCAAUUGUGGACCACAGAGAUGGGGACAGAGACCACGAACACCUCCAGAAGGCCAAGACGUUGCGUCCAGUGCCACAGGCAGCUGAAGGAGAAGCAUCCGUCUUCACGACUGCCCAGGAAAUUCAGAUGAACAAAAUGAAUCCUCCCCCUCCGUACCCUGGAACCAUACCAGCAGCUCCCACCACAGCUCCUCCUCCUCCUCCGGUACCUCCCCAACCUCCCAUAGAUCUCUGCUUGAAAAAGGGAGAUUUCCCCCUUUAUUCCACAGGGCAUUAUCAAACCCCUCUCGGCUAUGAAAGAAUCACUACCUUCGACAGCAGCGGGAAUGUGGAGGAAGUUUGCCGGCCUCGAACGCGGAUGCUGUGCGCCCAGAACACUUACACUCUGCCAGGGCCUGGUAGCUCCGCCACUUUAAGGAUCACUUCCUCAGAGAAGAAGAUUCAGCAGCCUUGUACCAGCGCCACCCUAAACAGGCUCACAGUGCCGCGUUACUCCAUUCCAACCGGGGAUCCGCCACCUUACCCGGAGAUCGCAGCCCAGCUGUCUCAAGGUCGCGGCAUGGCCCAGAGAUUGGACAACAGCAUAAUCCACGCCACUCUGCGGCGGAACAGCAGAGAGGCAGCGCUGAAAAUGGCCCAGCUGGUCGACAGCCAGAGAGCCACUCUGCAGCUGCCCCCGAAACUGAAGAGCAACAUUGUGGCAGCCCAGUACCAGCAGAGGGUGCCGACGGCACUCUACACCUGCAGCCAGUGCAGCAGCGGCAGUGGCAACAACGGUGGUGGUGGUGGUGGCGGCGGCGGCGGCAACCCUAAUAGCGGAAGUGGGAAUAUGAGUGGCAUCAGUGGUAACAGCAGCACGUCCGGCAUGAACAGCAUGAGACCGGACAUGAUCACCGGGAGCAGCUCUCAGCACAGCUCGGUCAUCGCACACUCCAUCAGUACUUCGCCCCUGGCCUCCCAGUCCUCUUACAAUUUGCUUAGCCCACUGGACAGCUCUCGUGAACGGACAGAUUAUGUGAACUCUGCCUUCAUGGAGGAUGAAGCUCUUUCUCAGCACUGCCCCGUGGAGAAACCGGUGCGCCACAUGCCUGUGGCCAUGGCCGAGCCAGGCAUUGGUGUCAAAAGACCACCCCCCUAUCAGUGGGAACCAAUGGUGGGUGAGGAGAUAUGGGUCCCUCAAGAAAGGACAGCUCCGAGUACUUUGCCUCACCCUGCCAAACCUGCCCCCCUAGUCAUUGGCCAAACUCAGCACCUGGAUAUAUCCCGAGCACCGUUUGUUUCCCCCAAAUCUCCAACCAGUCCCACUGCCACUUUCCAGAUGAGCUACGGGGUUGGAGCCCCAUACUUGGGGAACUACGGUGUUCCUCCCCCUCCUCCCCCUCCUCUUCUUCAGGGAAUGCAGGUCCCCUGUUCUCCCAAAGAAGCUUUGGCCCCACCCCAGAUUGCACAACAGGAGCCAACAGUUGUGCUUCAGCCAGGUUACCCCUCCAACCUUGCUUACUGCCCUUUGCCCCCCCUGUACCCUGGAAAUAGCACUUGCUCGAGUUUACAGCUGCCACCAAUGGCCUUGCACCCGUGGAAUUCCUACAGCACAUGCCCACCUGCUGCGCAGAGCACCCAAGGCACUCUGCCCCCCAAGGCGCUGCUGGUGGUGGAGAAGCCUGUCAUGUCUCCUCCUCCACCACCACCACCACCAGUGGAGCCUCAAGGCCACACGGGCACAGAUGCGAUGGCGGAGACAGCAGACAACUUCCAAGAGGUCCUGUCCUUGACCGAGAGCCCCGUGCCUCAGCGGACAGACAAGUUUGGGAAGAAGAAUCGGAAGCGCCUGGAUAGCCGAGCGGAUGAAGGGAAUAUGCAGGCUAUUACAGAGGGAAAGGUCAAGAAGGAGGCAAGGACAACUCUGACCGACUUCAACUCGCUGAUAUCCAGCCCUAGGCUGGGCAGGGAGAAGAAGAAGGUCAAAAGUCAAAAAGACCAGUUGAAGUCCAAAAAACUGAACAAGAUGAACGAAUUUCAGGACAGCUCAGAAAGUGAGCCUGAACUGUUUAUUAGCGGGGAUGAGCUAAUGAACCAGAGCCAGGGCAGUAAAAAGGGAUGGAAAACAAAAAGGAACUUGAGAACAGCCAGUGAACUGGAUGAGUUUAAGUGCCGGAAAGCCAACGAAAAGGAGGAUGGGCGGCUGGGAAGCCAGGGCUUUGUGUACGUGAUGGCUAACAAGCAGCCCUUGUGGAAUGAGGCAACACAAGUCUAUCAGCUGGACUUUGGAGGGAGAGUGACCCAAGAAUCUGCAAAAAACUUCCAGAUUGAACUGGAAGGGAGACAGGUCAUGCAGUUUGGGAGGAUUGAUGGCAAUGCUUACAUUUUGGACUUUCAAUAUCCAUUUUCAGCGGUGCAGGCCUUUGCAGUGGCUCUGGCUAAUGUGACUCAGCGCCUCAAAUGAAAAAGAGAAAAAGACCAGAGAGGGGGAGGGAGAGAAACCCUGAUAAAUCUUUCUCAUAAGGGCCAACCCACGGAGGCCUGGCAGAGACGCGCAAAGGAUUCUGCAAGUAAAGAAGAAAGUGCAACUGGAAGAAAAGAGCCUCUGAGUGCCCAAAGGAGGGCAUCAACUUUAAACAUUAUCGGGGAUGGGGUGGGGACUCUGUGGUUUGGGAUUUAUUUUAUUUGAAUCAACAUAUGUGCUGGUUUCUUCAGGGCAAGCCAAGGAGGAGAGCUAUUCAGUGUUAUGUUGGGAAAUGUGGCUUUUGGCUUGUUGUGGCGGUUCUUCUGUGUUUGCUGCAAAAAAAAAAAUAGCUGAUGUAAGCUGAUAGAAGGAUUUUAAAAGACUGCCCUUCGUUUUUUUUCAUUCUUUUAUAGACUGCCUUAUACCAUGCUGUUCUUUUUAAAGCAGGGAAUGCAACUUUCUUUCCCCCUGGACCACUUUGUACUAUUUUCAUCAAUAGUUACAGCAAAAAAAGAAAAAAAAAGAACAACAAAAAUGCUACAAUAUACUUGAAGACACAUGUUUCUUCUCUGAUAACUGAGCACUGUAGGCACCAAGGAGGUUUUUCAGAAACCUUACCUAGUUUCCAAAAUGUUAUUUGAAAGAAAAACAGAGCUGUUACCUGUUGGGUCGCUUGCAAAAGAUGGCCUGAUCAGCACAUAAUGCUAAGACAGAUGAUGACAUAGCUUGGAUAAGCAAGUGUGCAGCUACAGAGAGCAAAAGUUGUGGCCACUUCACUCCUCCCCUGCUCCUGUUGCUCCUGUGAUACCCAGAGCAAAGCCAUGGUUUGCAUGUGAACCUGGGCUCAUGGUUUGUCCUAACUCCAAACAAGCCAUGAGCUGUAAGCAAGGUUUUUUUCUUGGUAAAUCAUUAGUUUGGAUUGAUACCAAUGCUAUCACUCAGCAAGGCCUGAAGUGGGAAACAUUAUGACAAAUCCCCUGGGUUCACACAGAACGAAAGAAAGAGGAAGGAAGGAAGAUGAAAAAGUGACAAACCCCAAUACGGUCCCAGAAUAUUUGAGGAAUCUUUAAUACAAGUGUCAGUUGUCUGAUGCAUUUCAGUAUAAAUGUUCCUUGGGGUCACACGAAUAUUCUUUUGUUGGAAUAACCUAGCAGGAAGACGUGUUUCCCUGCUGGAUAAUUUUAGAUUCUGUGUCAGGGACUCUGCAUCCCAGACGUAGCUUUCUACAUAAAUGCAUUGGGCAAGUGACAUGUUUAUGUCAGUUUCCUCAUCUAUCUUGGCACCUUUAAUCUUUUUUUGCUGCACUUCUUAACCAUGACACCUUCCCCAUGGAAACUAGCAGCCUAAGUCAUUCAGCGUUGGAAUUUUUGAUUGCAACCUUAGAAAAAUAUCCACCCUUCCUUUGCUCACAGGCUUAUUUGACUUUAAUUCUCCACACACAUAAUGAUACAGAGCAUGGUUUCUCAAAGGUGGCCACCAAGAUCUUUUGUGUGCAUUUGCUCGAUUGAUUCCAUUGAUUCUUCUAUAUGAAACAGGCUGCAAUCAAGAAAAAACUGAGAGGAAAAUGUGCAUACACACAUGAUCGGUGGAGUGCAUUCUCUCAUUUCACUAGCACGGGAUAACAUAAGAGGUAAUAAAACACUUGGAUGGAAUCGGCAACCCCUUCUGGCACAGAGCCUGUAGACAAAUGAAUGGCCAAGUGUCCCCUCCAUUGCUUCCUAAUCAAUAGCAUGCAGUAGGUUAACCCUUAAUGCAGUCUUCCCAGAACGUUGACAUUUUCUUUGACAUUUUCUUGGGCUACACUUGCCGUCCAGUAGCGGCUGUUGGGGUGGGACAGAGCUGUGGAGCUGCCCUCCUGUUGCUGACAUUGCUGCAGCUUACCUGGACUGUGGGGUAAGGGCUGUGUGGAUGUACCUGUGAGAAUGGCCAUUUGGCUCUACAGGUUUGUCUACAAAGCCCUAACCUCACUGCUGGCUGCCUCCAGUCACAUCCAGGUAAGUUGCAGUGAUGCCAGUGUUCAGAGGGCUAAUUAGGAAUACGGAACUCUUCAGAGAAUUCUGGUCAGGAUUCCAUAAGUGGGAGACAUGUCUCUUGAUUCAGAAUGUGAAAUGGAGCUUUUAUGUUCAGGUCUAUAUAAAACGUUAUAUGGCAUUUAGGAGAACGGCAUUUAGCAGCGCUACAUAUCCUAGAAACACACUUAGAACAUUUCAUCUAAAACAUUUCAAAAUAAAACCCAGGGAGAAAAAUCAACAUGUUCGCACUGGCAUCAGCAUCUGACAUCCUUACGCAGCUGCCAUGGCACCUAUGUGCUGACAUGGCACACUGAUGAUGUUUGCUCUGGGCUUUUGUUUAAAAGAAAUUCUGGUCUGAUUCUCUGAGCACUGCCAGGCACCUGGAUUUAGCCCACCCUUCUCAUUUCCCACAAUGCCCCCCAACCUAAUUGUUCUUGAGCAUUGUGGGAAAUUAAAAGGUAGCUAGAUCUAAGUGACCAGAGCACUGCUACCUCUGUCAGGCAAGUCCACUAGGACCUACUGAUAGCAGACUGGUGCCACUAGAGGACACUGCCCAGUGCCUUUUCAAAUUUGGAGUUGGCCCUGAACAUGUUAAUCAUGUGUCAAUGUAGUAUCUGGAACCCUAUAGAGAAAGUAAAGCAAAUAUAAAGAGAAGCAAAUAUAGAAGCAUUAAAGCCUUAGGGUUGAUUGUUUUUUAACAAAAGUAUCCUUGCAAAGUGGAGUACAAACAAAGAUAAUUAAGAUUAGAUCCCAGCUGUGUAAGAUCAAUUUGAAUCAGUAGGAAGGUUUACACAGGUCACUGUGUGGUGAAAUGUCUCCAGACUGUUACUGGAAUGAAACAAGCUCUGUGAUCCUCUCCCGGCUGUAAUUGACUCUUAUAAUACAUGUCUGAGAAUUCCCCCAAUAUAUUGUCUUAAAAGACAUUAUCUUUUACAUUUUUUUGGUCUUCAUAAACUUGAAUUAUAUUAUUUACAAGGAAACCUUGGGAAUACAGAACCCAGGCCUAACUAACAUUUCAUUUGAAGGGAAGUCUUGGAAGAUGUAUAGAAAAAUUAAAAUAUUGGUGCUGUGGCUUGUUUUUGUUGUGUUUGUGAAAUGAAAGGCAAGACCAACUAACCUAGUAAGAAGACAAAAUGAUGGAAUAAAAAGCGCCAUAUUUGCUUUUUGUGUUAAACUCUGCAGCCUUAGGCUCCAGCUCAUGUGAGCAAGGUUGGUUCCCUUACAUCUCUGCAAAAUUGAAUUGGCUCCAGUGGUCUACCAAAACAGAACCCAGUGCCUUUUGGAGACUGCAGUCCAUACAUUAUUAGGCCAUGCUGGUGCUGCAGCAGAAUCUGAGCUGAUUAAAUAGUAGAACUGGCUCUUGAGACUCAAGGUGUACUCUUAAAGUCACAUGAUGCAGCAACUUGGUUGAAGCUAAGCGGAUCUGGGUUUGAUCAGUGCUUGGAUGGGCAACCCUAUAUAUACUGUCUUGAAUGUACAUGGAAGAAAGGUGGAGUGUAAAGAGUGGGAUAUAAAUUAAAUAUAUAAAUCCUGGUUUCCUGCAGCGAACAGUAUAGCAUCUUGUGCAGGGAAAAUAUUUUUAAGGCCCAUGUCCCUCAUACUUUCCCCUUCUAGUAUCUUUUAAGAGCUUUGUAUAGAAGUGGUGUGUGUGUGUGUUUGCCUGAAGACCAGAUGGAGUCUUUGUGAUGGCAAUAUAAUCUGACAUAGAGUUCAUGUACCAGCUUUGAGGAGCUUUGCAUCUGACAUUGCAACAUUUUGCAUCUUUGGCCAUUUCCUCCCCUGCUUUCUCAAGGGCAUUUCAUACACUGUAUGAAACCUAAGUUUGCCCGACAAAGGUAUACUUGGCAGGGAGUCAUAACUCCCUGUCAAGUGCACCUGUAUAAUACCUGUGUUUUUCAUUUGCAGGUUACAUUUUUGGAUGUGCACCUAAAUGAAAUGUGUGAAGUGGCUCUCACAAGCAACUGAAAAGAUAAGAGUAGGAGAAAGUUAUGUUAGAGCUGGUCCUUAUAUUGAACAGACUGAUCACGUGACAGUGGCUUAUAGAGUUGAGUGUGCUGGAAUAUAUCUUUUUCCAGUCCUUCCAGCACUUUUGGGUACAACUGGAAUCUUCUUCCCUGCCUUGUCAUGUAACUUCUAUCAGGGCAAGACAGCCAUAGCAGUCAGGAACUGGUCAAAUCCUCUUGUCCAUUGUCCCUUCCUCUCUACAAGAGUGAUGGGACAUGCUAAAUAUGUCAUUUGGAAUGUUAAUAGUUUACGAGGAACUUUUAAAAAGUAACACUUUUCAGAAUAUUAUUGGAAGAAUUGGCUAAAAUGGAUACGUUUUAAGAUUGCAUUCCAUGUUAUGCAGCAAUUGUUGUUUCACACCAAAAUUAUUGGGAAUGGAGAGAGAGAAAUCUGAUGCAAACAUUUUAAUAAAUUUGAUUUCUGUUUAAACCAAUGCAUACAACCCAAAAGAUUGUAAUCUGAUCGAGGUGUUCUGGAGAGUUAGGAAGGUCUUCACUUGUUGAAUGUUUACUCUGUCUUUAUAAAUGACUAACUGAAAGAGGCAUUGAAAUAGUGUGUUAAGAUGAAAUGGAUAAAAAUAUUAGAAGAUGCUUGUAUUUCCAGUGUUUUGUUAAAAUAGUGCUCAAUGAGCUCAUGUCAUAACCAUUGUUCUUGUCAUUUCAGGUCCGUUUCUCUUUUCUUUUGUCUCCAUUUGGUCUUCUGUUCUAAUUUUCCCUACGCCCUCUCAGUCUGUGUUUUUAUCCUCUCCUGUUAUUUAGCAGGGGAGGGUUUUAAGCUCUUGCUAUUUGUUGUAGAUACAAUUUUUUGUAUUAUUGUGGAAUUGCAUGGGGAUACAUAGGGUUGAAAAGGCACUGUAAUCUUUACUGGAAAAGGGUGAUAUUUUUUAAUUUUGCAUUUGUUUAUAAAUGCAUUAUUUGGGUACUGUAACUUUGGUAAUUGUUUCUGAAUUUAUUACUUGCCUUUAAAAAUGUUAUUUGAGGAUUGCUUUUGUUUUAUUUUUAUUUUCUUCCAAGUUUUAAUAAAAAUAUAUAGUCAGGUGCAUGGAUUUCCUAACCAUGCAAAGCCUGCAUGAUGAUCUCAAUUCUGCAGAGAAAAUGGUACACUUAUCUGACCACCUGCAGUAUUUUUAAUGGCCUUUGUUUUGUUUUUCUUUUCUAAAUAUGCCAUUCAGACCUGGGUUUCCAUUGUAAUUCUGAACCUUGCCCUGACCUGCCUCUCCUGUUAUGUGCCCUGUGUAAUAGAUUGUGAAGAAGGUACCUAGAAAGCAUUAAAUGGUUUCCUUUCAAAAAUGUGGUUUGUCCAAAAUUUUGACUGUCUACAUGAUUGAGAUGGGGUCAGUUGCCCUAUUUUCCUUGAUGGUUUGGAAUUGUAAGAGUUGUCCAGGUGUUGCUUAUUAAAGUUUUGGCAAACUAGAGAAA